CCUUUUGCGUGUAUCAUGCUGUUCUCCUGGAGAGGAGGCCCAGGAGUCCAGAGUCUGCUGCUCUCACUUCUACUUCUCGCAGCCUGGAAAGCAGGGAGUGGCCAGGUUCACUACUCAGUCCUGGAGGAGGCCAAACACGGAACCUUCGUGGGCCGCAUCGCCCAGGACUUGGGGCUGGAGCUGGCGGAGCUGGUGCCGCGCCUGUUCCGGGUGGCGUCCAAAGGCCACGGAGACCUUCUGGAGGUAAAUCUGCAGAAUGGCAUUUUGUUUGUGAAUUCUCGGAUCGACCGGGAGGAGCUGUGCGGGCGGAGCGCGGAGUGCAGCAUCCACCUGGAGGUGAUCGUGGACAGGCCGCUGCAGGUUUUCCAUGUGGAGGUGGAGGUGAAGGACAUUAACGACAACCCGCCUGUGUUCCCUGAAAAUAAGAAAAGAAUAAUCAUUGCAGAAUCUAGACCCCCAGAAACUCGGUUUCCACUAGAUGGCGCAUCCGAUGCAGAUAUCGGAGUAAACUCGGCCUUGAUCUACCGAAUUGAUCCCAACGAGUAUUUCGCUUUGGACACACAAAACAAUCGUGAAGAAAUGUCUUCGUUGUCACUUGUAUUGAGGAAAUCACUGGACAGAGAGCAAAUUCAGGAGCAUAGCUUAUUAUUGACAGCCAAUGAUGGGGGUAAACCGGAGCUAACCGGUACAGUUCAGUUGCUGAUUACAAUUUUGGACGUGAAUGACAAUGCCCCAGAAUUUGACCAGUAUAUUUAUAAAGUGACAGUGUUAGAGAACGCAUUUAAUGGAACAUUAGUGAUUAAGCUAAAUGCCACAGAUCUUGAUGAUGGUACGAAUGGAGACAUAAUCUAUUCAUUUAGAAAGCCUGUAUCGCCUGCGGUGUUGCAUGCAUUUAUCAUAAAUCCCAACAGUGGGGAAAUUAGAACAAGAGGUAAACUAGAUUUCGAAGAAAAGAAGUUGUAUGAAAUAUCGGUGGAGGCAAUAGACAAGGGGAAUAUUCCAAUGGCAGGUCAUUGUACCGUUUUGGUAGAAAUACUAGAUAUAAAUGAUAACACCCCAGAAAUUACCAUCACUUCUCUGUCGCUCCCCGUGAGAGAGGAUGCUCAGGUGGGCACUGUCAUCGCCCUGAUCAGAGUGUCCGACCGUGACUCUGGUGCCAACGGGCAGGUGACCUGC